AAAAAGCUUGAACCUAUAGCUUCUCUAACCUUUGUUAUUUUUCUUAAAACUUCUUUGAUUCACCUUCAUCGCCUAGUUGCUUGCUCAAAUCUUCGUAAUUAUGAAACCUGGAUCUUAUGGCACGGAAGAGAUCGGUUCUGUCUGUUUGGAUACCAAAAUGUUGGUUACUGGCUCCAAAGAUGCAAUCAGCUGGCUCCCUCAAGAGGUUCUGGGCGACAUCUUGUCCUUAGUUCCGACGAAACUGGCUGCCUCAACAUCUCUUCUCUCGAAAAAGUGGAGGAAUGUGUUUGCAUUGGUGCACAAUCUCGAUUUUGAUGAUUCUGUCUUCCUGCAACCAGAAGAGGGUAAAGAAAAGAGGCAUGUGAUCCGGGAGUGCUUCAGGAGUUUUGUCGACAGAACACUCGCUUUGCAAUGCGCUUCGCCUAUCAAGAAAUUCUCCCUAAAAUAUCACUAUGACUAUGACAGCGAGUUGACUCAUGUGGUCCGCUGGGUUUGUAAUGCCUUAGAUCGUGGUGUUUUGGAGCUGGCCGUAAGUAUUAAGCCUCGCUAUGAACCCUAUGUUCGUUCUGAAACUGGUCACUGGAAACCGCCCCUAAAUGCAAAGACUCAUGGUGAAGUCUUUUUACCUCCUGCGCUUUUCACGAGCAAGACUCUGGUUAAGCUGACACUGGGAACACGAGUUAGUUUUGGAAAGCUUCCUCCAGAUUUGUCUCUUCCGGCGCUUAAGAGUCUCUUCAUCGAUUCAAUCUUUUUUGAAUAUGAAGAUCUGUGUUAUGUGCUUCUUCCUGGUUGCCCCGUGCUCGAGGAGCUAUUUGUAUGUCACAAGCAGUAUAUGGGAAUCCCAUACUGCAUAUCGAGUCGGACCAUCGAGAAACUAUCAGUUCAAUACAAUUCUGAUUAUGACCUUGACUGUAUGAUUGGUAUGUCAUUUGACGCCCCACGUCUUGUCUUCCUGGACUACUCUGAUUAUGCCGUGUCUGAGUAUCCACAAGUAAACUUGAAGUCCCUAGUCGAAGCUAGGCUGGACCUUCGUUAUUCUAAAAAGAUCAGAAGGCCGGAUAUAUCGGGUCUCUUUAUAGGGAUAAGCAACAUUGAGACCCUGCAUCUUUCUGCCAAUUCUGUUGAUGUGAUUUCUCGAUGUGUUAAACAUGGAGUAAUACUACCGGUGUUUAACAAUCUGGUAAGCUUAACUUUUGGGAGUAAGAAAAAACGAGGAUGGAGACUACUGCCGUAUCUGCUUAAGCAGUCUCCGAUGCUUGAAACUCUGAUCAUCCAGGGUCUGGAUGGUAACAUAUGCGAUGUGACUUUGCGUCCAUACCAAGUGAAGGUGUUGCAUGUUCUUGGAUAUGGAGGUGCUGCUAAAGAGUUGGAACAGUUGAAGAGUUUUCUUGGGAAAACGGAAUGCCUUGAACUGGUGCAAGUGGAGGUCGUUGAUGAUGGCAUAAUAUCGCAAACCUAUAAGGAUCUAAUGACGCUUGUUGGUGUUUCAGUUUCACCCAAGUGCCAGAUCAAAGUCGCAUAAUUCAAGACAUCCAACAACCUUCGUCGACAAAAAUCAAAGAAGAAAAGAGUGUUUGUCUUAGGCAUUUUUAAAGUUGAACUGAUAACUAAACCAAGACGACUGAACUAAUUCGCCAAAGGAUGAUCUUAUGAUUUUAUCUAUAUACAUAGCUAAGGGAGAUAUGUUUAAGUA